AUGCCCGCGCCCCCCGCGCCUGCGCCCCGCGCCGCCGGCACCGGGCCCGCGCCCGCCCCGAGGGGCGCCGGACCCGCGCACCCCCCGCGCUGCCCCUCCGGCACCGGCCCGGCCUGGCGGAGCGGAGCGGGGCCGGCGGCCCGGGAGCCCCGCCGGGAAGGCGCAGCCGCCGGCCGUGUGCGCCUCAGGGCUGCGCGCCCCGCGUCUCGCAGCUCCCCGCAGCUACGGUACAGCAGCUCUGAACUCGCAGGAAGAAGAACCCAGUUGCUUAAGGGCUUACCUGCAACAAGCACUGUUGAAGAAAACUCAGCAGCUGGUGUUUCAGUCUAUGACUUUAAUGUGACUGUUUCUCCAUUGGCUGCUGAAGGCGUUGCAAUUCUUCCUACCAUAGUAAAUUCAAAUCCACUCACAGAAGCUUUUGACAUUGAAUCAAAAGGAGGUCUUGAAUUCAGGGUUAUUACCACUGGAAACCCUGUCCUAGAUUAUGAAACAAUGCCAAAGAGCUUUGAUUUGCAGAUUUUUGUUGAAGAUGUAACUGGAAGAACUGACCUUAACACAUUGACUAUUCACGUAACAGAUAAAAAUGAACAUCCUGUAUUUCGAGGAAAUUUGGCAAUUCAAAGUAAGAUAAUGAUAACAGAGUACUCUUAUGUCCGUGCAGCUGUGACCAUCUACGUGUUGGAAGGGACACCUCCAGAACGCAUUUUCCAAGUUGAUGCAGCUGAUCCUGAAAAUGCAAAACUCCAAUAUUCACUGCUCCCUGCAACAGUGCCAUUCUCAAUCAGGAGAAGUGGACACAUUUUUUCCACAAAAGAAUUUGAUUAUGAGAAAGAUCCACACUGUUACUUUUUAAACAUAACAGUGACAGAUCCAGAAGGACUCAACUCAACCAAAACAGUGAAUAUAAAUAUAAUUAACAUCGAUGAUGAAAGACCUUACUUUACCACAAAACAAAGAAUCUACAGAAUUCCAGAGGAGCAAAGCCCGGGCACCAUUGUUGCCAAUGUAACAGCUGAAGAUCCUGAUGAUGAAGAUUCUCCCAGCAGACUUUUCUACAGCAUCCAGUCAUCUGACAGACAUUUUUCCAUAAACCCAGCAACUGGAGUGUUGCAGGUGACCGGGAGAGUUGACCGGGAUGUGCUUCCACUGCGGCUCCAUCCUAACAUUUCACUGAUAGUCCGGGUGGAGGAUGGCUCCAGCAGUGGCCAUGCCAGUGAAAUGGAGAUCACAAUCAUUAUUGAUGAUGUCAAUGACAACCCACCAGAAUGCAAUCCUUCUGCCUUCAGGAAAGAAGCAAAUGAAAAUACAACUCCUGGAACAUUUCUUGUUGAUCUUAGAAAUUACUGUAAAGAUAUUGAUGUUGAUCCAUCAAACAACCAAUUUAGUUUCACUGGAUUAUCUGGUUUCGGAAGCAAUAACUUUGCUCUGGAGUCCACUGUGUCUGGAAGACUUCUGAUCAAUGGAACUAUUGAUUUAGAAAACCCAGCUAAUCCAGGCAUUGAAGUUUAUACAUUGACUGUCAGGGUGCAAGAUAUUGCCCAUCCUACCUACUCAAAUAUCAUCUACAUUUACAUCAGGAUAAAGCCAGUGAAUGAAUUUUUUCCAGUCUUCCGUAAUUUAUCUUAUGUAUUUAGUGUUUCAGAAAUUACUAAAGUUGGAUCUAGCAUUGGAAGACUGCAUGCCACAGACAAGGACUGUCCACCCAGUGUCAUCACUUACUCCAUUGUAGCUGCAACUGGCACCAGGGAUUACACAAAUAUCUUCUGGAUCAGCCCAACAAAAGGAGAUGUGAGGAUUUUAGCUAGAUUAGACUAUGAAACAACUCAGAAACAUAUUUUCAUAGUACAGGCCUCAGACCAAGAGAAGUCUACAACAGCAUCAGUAACCGUGAAUGUUUUGGAAGUAAAUGAUGAAGAACCAGUUUGUUCACCCAAUUUCUUCUCACUUCAAAUCCCAGUCAAUUUAGCUGUUGGGACCAAUAUUAAUGGCUUCAGGAUUGAAUGCCAAGAUCGUGAUUCUGAUCCCAGGUCUUUCCGUUACUUCAUUAAUGAAGGCAAUGAAAAUAGACAUUUCAUCUUUUCACCAAGUGCUGGCUCCAACACAUCCCGUCUGAUUCUUGCAUCAAGGUUUGACUAUGAGAGUGGACUUGAUACAAACUGGAUUUACAGUCUGAAUGUCCACAUAACAGAUGACAAUUUAGUAUCUGCCAGGGACAAAACUACACACUUAAUUAAAACUGGAACGGUGACUUUAAGCAUCAGAGUUAUCCCAAACCCCACUACUGCCACAACCACUACACCUGGCUUCACUGUUGUGACGAAAAGGGAGAACCUCUACUCUCGGUCGGCGUGGUACGUGCCAUUCGUCAUCACCCUCGGUGCUUUGCUGCUGCUCGGGCUGCUGGGCUCCCUGGGGCUCCGCAGCCGCUGUGCCCCGGCGCGGAAGGGCCGCCGCACCCCGCGGAUAAAUCCUCCAGAAAAGAAGAAGCCUAAGAAAGAAGUGGUUGUAACAAUGACAAAGCUAAACACCAUCUUUGAUGGAGAAGCCAGAGACCCAGUUACUGGCAGAAUGUACGAGUUCAGUACACAGUCGGGGGCCCGGAGAUGGAAGAAGAGCAAUGAGCCCCUUCAGCCAGUGCUGGCUAUGCAGGUAACUUCCAGUGCCACAGAAAAGAGAGGCCUAGGGGUGGAUACAGCAGAGGCACCAAGUGAAAAAGAACCUUCAGAGAAGAGGAAAGAGCUGACUGCAGCAACAAAACCAGCUUCCAAGCCCUCAGCAGGGCAAUCAGAAACACCAGGCCAAUCUGGGCUGAGAUUGCAAAGGAAGAAACAGGAGUCUGAGGAUGGGGAGUUAUCCUCACCAGCCCCUUACGGCAGGAACUGA